CAGGAGCGGGCCCGGCUCGGGUCUCCAGUGAAAGGCAGACGGUUCCCCGCCGCCGCGGGAGGAAUGCGGAACCAGCCCUGUGCGAAGAGCUGCGGCUGCUGCCCGGGCUGGAGGCUGCUCAGAGCCCAGUGAGGAGGAUGGGGAAGCGGGAGCCCUAAGCGCCCUGCUGCUGCCCAGGGGGUCCGCCUUGCCCGUCUGAGCCGGGGCCAAAUGAAGCAGCCCCCGGCGGCGAGGUAGCCGUUCCAGCGCCCCCAGCCCAGCCCCAUGAAGCUCAUCUAGCAGAGGAGGAGGAGAGAAGCCAGAGCCGAGCCCUGCUCACUCGCACCGUCCCCAUGGCGAAGGACAAGCCCAGGAAGGCUUUGCAGGAGCUGCUCCAGAGACCGGGCAACCAGCUGUGCGCGGACUGCUCUGCACCUGUUUAUGGCUGCAAAUGGAAACAACGUAGCAAAAGCAAGAUAUGAAUCUAAAAUACCACCAUUUUAUUACAAGCCAACAUUUCCUGACUGUCAACUGCUACGAGAACAGUGGAUCAGAGCCAAAUAUGAAAGAAAAGAAUUCAUUUACACUGAGAAGCAAGAGCCUUAUUCUGCAGGGUACAGAGAAGGGCUUCUCUGGAAGAGAGGACGUGACAAUGGGCAGUUCUUAAGCAGAAAAUUUGUGUUAUCGGAACGGGAAGGCGCUCUGAAGUACUUCAACAAAAAUGAUGCAAAAGAACCCAAAGCAAUUAUGAAGAUUGAACAUUUAAAUGCGACUUUCCAACCUUCAAAAAUAGGGAACCCACAUGGACUACAAAUCACUUACUUGAAGGACAACAGCACAAGGAAUAUCUUUGUCUAUCAUGAAGAUGGCAAGGAAACAGUGGAUUGGUUCAAUGCCAUCCGUGCAGCACGGUUCCAUUAUUUACAAGUGGCGUUCCCUGGAGCUAGCGAUGUCGAUUUGGUGCCAAAGCUUUCUAGGAACUACUUGAAGGAAGGUUACAUGGAAAAAACUGGGCCAAAGCAAACAGAAGGUUUCAAGAAGCGAUGGUUCACCAUGGACGACCGAAGGUUGAUGUAUUUCAAAGAUCCUCUGGAUGCCUUUGCUAGAGGGGAAGUAUUUAUUGGGAGCAAGGAAAACAGCUACAAGGUCCUGGAAGGACUCCCACCAUCCACCCAGGGAAAUCACUGGCAGUAUGGGAUAACCAUUGUGACCCCAGACAGAAAAUUUCUCUUUGCUUGUGAGACAGAAAGUGAUCAGCAAGAAUGGAUUACAGCUUUUCAGAAAGUCAUAAGCAGGCCGAUGCUGCCUCAGGAAUAUGCAGUGGAAGCCCAUUUCAAGCAUAAACCUUAGCUGGGACUGUCGGAGCAGACCCAAGGAAUGAGAUUAUGUUUACAACACAAGAUGGUUUUAUUUGAAAUGUUUAAAAAUAAUAAAAGAAAAUUAGAAAAACGUCCUUCACUUAAUCCUGUUGGAAGCCAAGAAGUCAGCAGCAAACAUCACAUAGAAGUUGCUGAGCCAUAGCAAAAACAAACCUUGCACUUCUCUAGGUAGGCGCUGUGGGGCUCUUGUUUACAGCACCACCUAAUGCUCGUCCAUAGGCUACACUUCCAUGUGCCGCCAUUUUGUGUAUCUCACUACAUUAGGUAAAGAAAUACCACAAAUACCUGAGCACGUUGUCAACAUUGUAGACUCUGAAUGAUGUGCACCAGGAUGCCCCUGGUCUGUGCUAACUUGUAAUAAUAACACAACCCCGUCCAGAGUGGUCCAGAAUACUUUGUGAAACAAAUUUGGCUGUUUUCCCUAAGUAGCAUUUUCACAGGGUAUUGAUGAUUGACUUGAAAAUAUUAAUGGCACAUCCCAAAGAUAUGGUGUGCUUGACAGUCUGUAAACAUGGUCAAUGGCUAGAAACAACUGAUGCAAAACAUCCUGUGGAAUAUGGAAAUGAGCAAUUUAGCUCUUGAUGAGAAGGGAAGAAAAAGCGCUUCAUGUUGUAUCUCAUAUAUAUAGACCUCUUCAAAAAACAGUUAUACGAAUGACGACUGGGUUUUGGCUACCUGCCCUUUAUCUUCUGUAAUGAUUCAAUAGUUUAGAUCAGGAAUGGUUCUAAUUUGAUCCUAGUUUUUCAGAUCUGAACUUUCCCAACAUUCUGGAGAGUCUGGACCUGGUAUUGUCACAGGGGCAAAUUUGUGAAGUUCUCAUCCGACUCUGAAGUCUCUCAAAGUUCACAUGUCUGGCCUUGCUCUCAGCCUCUAGUUUAGACCCAUUAGUCUUUGGGAUACCUUCUCCUGGCAGGGCCAGGGUAUUCGAAUUCAACAGGGUUUUCCCUGAUGAACUCACUGUCCCAACUUUCUUUUUACGAAGCAUUUUCUCAUCUCCCAAGAGAUCAUUAAGUCCUAACAGAAUAUAGAGCACAAGCUUAAAACCCAUUGUCUUUAAGUGAAGGAAUGAUGAACUAUAACCAGAAAGGGGAGUUUGAAGUUAGCAAUGACGCGUCGGAAAGCAGUGUAAUAUGCUCUGUGGUGCGGAUGAUGCAAAUGCUUUAAAAAGCAAGUAACAUAAAUAUUGCUUUUAGGUGCUUAAAUUAAGGGUCUCAAUGGUAAAUUGCCUCUGUGUUAUUCCAUACAGACCGUGUAUACUGGACAGGGUCUCAGAUGCUUCUUUUUUUAUUCUGUUUGGUGGUGAAGUGACUAAAUGUUUUGCUUUUGUUCAAAGUGUGGUGAUGAGGAAAUGAUUUGCCAAGAAAUUUUAUUGACUCCAAAGGCUUUGGGGAGCAUUCUCCUCACACCAUAGUGUGGCUUACUGUUGCAUGAAGUAUCAUGCCAAGCAAAGAGCUUUCACUGACAUCCAGGAUGCUGACGCCAGGGCUUGUCUACACUACCGGCCGGAUCGGCGGGCAGUGAUUGAUCCAGUGGGGGUCGAUUUAUCGUGUCUAGUCUAGCCACGAUAAAUCGACCGCCGAGCGCUCUCCUGUUAACUCUGGUACUCCACCAGGGCGAGAGACACAGGCGGAGUCGACGGGAGAGCGUCAGCCAUUGAUUUACCGCAGGGAAGACACCGCGUUAAGUAGAUCUAAGUACAUUGACUUCAGCUACAUUAUUCACAUAGCUGAAGUUGCGUAACUUAGAUCGAUUUCCCUCCCCCUCUCCCGCCCUGUGUAGACCAGGUCUGAGGCAGAGGUAUGCAGCGUACCUUGGAGAAAUGAACUUAGCCCACACUUUGAACAGAAUCCAUUUAAGACUUGAUCCUGCAUCCCUUGCACAAUGUCAGCGCCAAUGGACUCCAAUGGGGGGCGGGUAAGGAAUGCAGGAUUGGGGGUAUAUUUAGGGCAUGAUUUAAAGUGUGACUCGGUGCAGAUGUGCAUGCCACUUGCACAGAUCAUUCCUUCAAACAAUUCCUUCUGUAUUGCCAGUGCCUGUCCGUGACUUUAACAUGCUAUCUCGGCAUUUCUUCAGUUGUGGAGAGGCUGAGCUGAAUGAGGUACUAGCCAAAACAAAGGGCUCUAUUCAUAGCAGAUCCAGCCAGAUGGCUUUACAGUGCAUUGCAGAAGCACACAAUGGCCAUGCCUUGAAGAAUAUUGCAUGUGCACUUCCUCGGAAGCUCAGCCAAAAUGGCAUUUGAAAUAGCUCGGCUUCCGUGGUCUUGUGAUGUGUAAAUGUUGCUUAUGACUCAUUCUCAAACUAUCAUAAAGGUGAAUUUAUAAAUAAAUUAAUGUAAUGUAAGUGACCGUCACACCUUGUAAGUCAUGCUAACUUGAUGUAGGCUAGUUUCAAAUGGGAUUUUAAAAAGAAAUCCGUGGGGUUGGCCUCAUUAGCUGCUUAUCAAAGUGCACAUCCAGGAAGUGCCCGUGACUGACAAAGGAAUGUCCGCUCAGAGAAAUCACACAAUGACUGUGGCAUGUCCCCGUAGGAACACUGUAGGCCUACACAAGAGUGGCGCCAGGGUUUUUGCUGCCCUAGGCAGCAGCGCUCCUCCUCAGAGCAUUCGGCGGUGGGGGUCCU